AUGUAUCUUGUAGCAUUUACUGUUGGAUUAGAUCAAAAAGAUAAUAUUGACGCUGCAAUGAAAAAGUUCUCUGAAAACUUCACCGUCGUGUUGUUUCACUAUGAUGGACAAGCUAGUGAUUGGGACAAGUUUGAGUGGUCAAAGCGAGUGAUUCAUAUCAGCGCCAAGAAGCAAACUAAAUGGUGGUAUGCUAAACGAUUUCUGCAUCCCGACAUUGUGGCUCCUUAUGACUACAUUUUUGUUUGGGAUGAGGAUCUUGGGGUGGAGCAUUUUGAUGCAGAAGAGUACUUAAAAAUAGUAAGGAAAUAUGGUUUGGAGAUCUCACAACCUGGUAUAGACCCAAAUAGUAGUUAUACAUGGCAGAUGACAAGGAAAAGGGAUAGUUGUGAAGUCCAUACGAUAUCCUCCAUGAAGCAACUAUUAAAAGUUGAGGAAAACAAUGGUUGGUGUUCUGAUCCUCCUUUGCCACCAUGUGCUGCAUUUGUUGAGAUCAUGGCCCCUGUAUUUUCCAGAGAUGCAUGGCGUUGUGUGUGGCACAUGAUCCAGAAUGACCUAGUUCAUGGGUGGGGUCUUGAUUUCGUUCUCAAAAAUUGUGUUGAGCAUCCUCACGAGAAAAUAGGAGUGGUUGACACUCAAUGGGUUGUCCACCAAAGUCUUCCAUCACUAGGGAACCAGGGGAAAGCAGCGAAAGGAAGGGCACCAUGGGAAGGGGUGAGGGAAAGAUGUAACAAGGAAUGGAUAAUGUUCCAAGAGCGUAUGUCUUAUGCUGAGAAGGACUAUUUUCAAACAAGGGAUUCUUCUGCCCUUAACUCCACAGACAGUGAUGAUGAUGCAAAGACCAAAAAAAGCUUUUAG